AUGUAUCCUUACCAAACCACUGGAAGUAAUAAUCUUCCUAAUGGUAAUUCUUCUUCAUCUAUUCCAACUCAAUCAUCAUCAUCUGCUCAACAAUCUAAUUUGAGACAGCCUUAUUUACAGCAAGUUCUGUCUACUAGUUCUCCAGCAACAGGUUCAGGUUCUUCAUUUUAUCCAAGAAACUCUGCUGGAAAUCUUGUGCCACAUUUAAGUCCUAGUGGAAUUCUUCCUCCUCGUUCUUUUGUUGGAACUUCACCAUUGAAUGGUUUACCACCUUCAAACUUUGCUCAUCUGCCACUGCCGUACCAGCAUUCACAACAACAGCAACAACCGCAACAACAACAACAACAGCAGCAGCAACAACAACAACAAUCUUCAAACCAACAACAAGGUUAUCGUAAUGAUCAUCCCCAACAAUUAGAUCCUAAACAACUUCAAAAGAUUAGUUCACCUCAGCAGCAACAACAACUGUAUCAAAACCAAUCUCAACAGCAACUGUAUUAUCAACAGCCUUUUUUGCAGAAAACCCAAUUUCAACACGAUUCUUCUCGCGAACAACAAUCAUUACCAAAUUUGACACAAGCAACCACUUCUUCUCAACAAAUGUCAUCGCGGUCAUCAACUUCAUCUCAUCAAACAUCUUCUACCCAGUCUUCUACUCAACAAGACAGUAAGAAGCAGAACAAUUCUUCCUCUACAAACACUGCACAGAAUGCUUCAUCAGUUUCUUCAACUUCCCCAUCUACACAAUCACAAGUACAACAAGACUCUACAGGGAAAAAGAAAAGAGGACGUCCAAAGAAGUUUAUACUAGAUCCAUCAACAAACACAAUGAUUGAUUCAACUCAUCCAAAUUUCAAACUGUUGAAUAAAGCAAUUCGAGAUGGAAACAAUUAUGAUGAUUCUCGUAAUGGCCAAUCACCAUCUUCAUCUACAUCCAAUGCAACAAAUACCAAUACGGAUAUAAGUGGAUUAUUUAGUUCUUCCAACACAAUAGGAAACUUCAAUGAUACUGAAUUGAAAGAAUUAUUGAAGAAGAAAGAUAGAAGAGGCAGACCUAGAAAAUUCGCCAUUGAAGAAACAGGGGUUACCAUUAAGGGGGUUAGAAUUAAUGGAAGUGGUAUUACUAAAAAAUUAUCCAAAUAA